AUGGCGGACUCUUCCCUCCUCCAGCGCUGGCUCGCCCGACUCAGCGACCUCCCCCAGCUCGCUCUGCCAACCGACUACCCACGCCCAUCAGGAGAGAAUGCCCUCUCGAUGGUCGAGGCGCGCGAGGUGCGCCAGCUGGACAACCGCACCGGAGCCAGUCUCCUCCGCCUCUCGCUCUACGACGAGCACGAGGGCGAGUCGGAUGACGAGAGCGACGCCGACGACGCAGACUCGCACUUGAACCGCAAGGGGAUUGAUGCGGCACUCGCGCAGGCGGCGGCGGGAGGCGGAGCAAAGACGCGGAGGGACAGGCAGCGGCCGACGGCGUUCCACAUCCUCCUCGCCGCAUUCGCAGUCCUCCUCCACCGCUACACGGGCGACACAGACAUCGUCAUCGCGACGUCGUCCCCGUCCUCGCCCGAACCCUUGCUCCUCCGCAUCAAGCUCGACCCGGCAGACUCGUUCUGGUCGCUCGUCAAGCGGGUCCAGUUCCUCGAGAACGAGGCAGAGGAGGACAAGAUCCCUUACGAGACUCUCCUCGAUGCCUUGCCCGGUUACGGCAAGGAGGCGCAGCGAGAAGGCGGACCGGCCCCGCCGCCCGUCUUUCGCGUCCGCUUCUUCGACCAGACCGACUCGCCCGACUCGAGCUUCGUCCAGCAGACGUCACUCACCUCGGACUUGACCGUCUUCGUCUCGACCACUCCGACGGACGAACCUUCGGCCGCCCAGACUCCCGGCUCGACAAGCGGCACCGCGACUCCCACCACUCCCUCCUCGCUCCGCACCAGCCUGACCUUUACUCCCCCGCGCAUCUCCCUCACACUGUCCUACAACUCGCUCGUCUUCUCCCAGCCCCGCAUCAGCCUCACAAUCGACCAACUCCUUCACGUCCUGCACCACGUCUCUGCGCACCCACAAGACGCGAUCGGCUCCUUCUCACUCCUCACGUCCAAACAGCGCCGGAUCUUGCCCGAUCCGAAGGCAGACCUCGAAUGGUGCGGAUACCGCGGCGCCAUCACGGACAUCUUCUCCAACAACGCGAGGCAGUUCCCCGACCGCGUUUGUAUCGUCGAGUCGAUUGCUUCGGACGAGGUGGGCGGGAAGAAUGGAGAGAGGAGGUUCACGUACCGCCAGAUUGACGAGGCGUCGAAUGUCCUUGCGCACCAUCUCGUCCAGAGCGGCGUCCAGCGCGAGGAAGUCGUCACGGUUUACUCGACUCGUGGAGUCGACCUCGUCGUCGCGGUAAUGGGUGUCCUCAAGGCCGGCGCGACCUUCUCCGUCAUCGAUCCCGCCUACCCUCCCGCCAGACAGACGAUCUACCUCCAAGUCGCCCAACCCCGCGCACUCGUCAUCCUCGCCGCAGCCGGCAGACUCCUCCCUCCCGUGCGGCAAUACGUCUCGGAGAAACUCUCGAUCCGAGUCGAAGUCCCCGCUCUCCAACUUACUUCCACCGGCCUCGUGCUUGGGUCUGUCGCCUCACCCGCGGAGGAGGAGAAGGACGUCUUCGCCCAUGUCCAGGCGCGCAAGAGCGAGCCGCUGGGCAUCCCGCUCGGACCGGACAGCGUGGGCACGCUGAGUUUCACGAGUGGGUCGACGGGGAUCCCCAAGGGCGUGCGCGGGAGGCACUUCUCCUUGACGCACUUUUUCCCUUGGAUGAGGGAGAGGUUUGGGUUGAGCGAGGAGAGCAGGUUCACGAUGUUGAGUGGGAUUGCGCACGAUCCGAUUCAGCGUGACAUCUUCACCCCGCUCUUCCUCGGCGCGAGCUUGUACAUCCCGACCGCCGAAGACAUCGGCACGCCCGGCCGCCUCGCCGAGUGGAUGGCCGACAACGCCGUCACGGUCACGCACCUCACGCCCGCAAUGGGCCAGCUCCUCUCGGCCCAAGCGACUCGGCUGAUCCCCUCCCUCCUGAACGCCUUCUUCGUCGGCGACAUCCUCACCAAGCGCGACUGCACCCGCCUGCAACAGCUCGCGCAAAAUUGCCGGAUCAUCAACAUGUUCGGCACGACCGAGACGCAGCGCGCGGUCUCGUACUUCCCCAUCCCGCCGCUCUCGGAGGACCCGAUCUUCCUCCGCACGAGGAAGGACAUCAUGCCCGCCGGUCAGGGCAUGAUCAACGUCCAGCUCCUCGUCGUCAACCGCGCGGACAAGAACCAGAUUUGCGCGGUAGGCGAGGUGGGAGAGAUCUAUGUCCGCUCGGGAGGACUCGCAGAGGGCUACCUCCAGCUCCCCGACGCGACGCGGGAGAAGUUCGUCGAGAACUGGUUCGGGCAGGGAGUCGAGCGGGAGGACUCGAUUCGCGGCUCGAACGAGCCGUGGAAGGAGUGGUGGCACGGCGUCAGGGACAGGAUGUACCGCACUGGCGAUUUGGGCCGGUACAACCCCGACGGGACCGUCGAGUGCACUGGCCGUGCUGACGACCAGAUCAAGAUCCGUGGGUUCCGUAUCGAGCUUGGCGAGAUCGACACCCACCUGUCCCGCCACCCUGCCGUACGCGAGAACGUCACGCUCGUCCGCAGAGACAAGUACGAGGAGAAGGUACUCGUGGCGUACUUCGUGCCGCUCGUCGGGUCGAAGGAGCUCGAGGGACUCGUCUCGGGCGACGAGGAUGAGGACGAAGCCGACAGCAAGCGCGAGGGGAACAAGGUCUCGCAGAACGAGGUCGCCAAGGGUUUGAGGCGCUACGGACGGCUCAUCAAGAACAUCCGCGAGUACCUCAAGACCAAGCUUCCUUCGUACUCGGUCCCGUCCGUCAUCGUCCCGCUCGCGCGCAUGCCGCUCAACCCGAACGGCAAGGUCGACAAGCCGGCGCUUCCCUUCCCCGACACGGUCGCUGCCGCCGCCUCGUCCGUCUCGGGCCCUUCGUCCGGCUCGUCGGCGCAGAAGCUCACCCCGACGGAAAAGACCAUCCACGACAUCUGGCUCAAGCUCUUGCCGUCCCCUCCCGCCGAGAUCCCCCUCGACGACUCGUUCUUCGACCUCGGUGGCCACUCAAUCCUGGCGACUCGGCUCAUCUUCGAGCUCCGCAAGUCACUCGUGCCCGGCGCGCCGCUCGGUCUCGUCUUUGAUUACCCGACCAUCCGCUCGCUCGCCAAGGAACUUGACUCGCUUCGCGACGCUGACCUCGGCCUCGGAGCCGGCUCGAACGCUGCGAGUGGCUCGGCUGCGAACGGCGCCGUCGACACCGAGUACUCGGACGAUGCUGAGGCGCUCACCAAGACUCUCCGCGCGUCGUACGAGAAGCCCCAACCCUCCGAGGGGAAGAAGAUUGUCUUCCUCACAGGUGCGACCGGCUUCCUCGGCGCCUUCAUCCUUCGCGACCUCCUCGCGCUCGACAGGCGCGGCGGACAAGUCGCUAAGGUCAUCUGCCACGUCCGUGCUGGGUCGAAGGAGAAGGCGAUGCAGCGGUUGCGGGAGAGUGGGGAGGGACGAGGAGCGUGGGAGGAGAAGUGGGUCGAGGAGGGAAGGCUCGAGGUCGUUGUUGGUGACCUCGAGGGCGAGAAGCUCGGCAUGAACGAGGAGGACUGGCAGCGCGUCGCACAGGAGGCGGACGUGAUCGUUCACAACGGUGCCAUCGUCCACUGGGUCUACCCCUACAAGCAGCUGCGCGCCGCCAACGUCCUCGCCACCCUCGCCGUCAUCGAGCUCGCCGCGACGUCCCGCCCGAAGGCGCUUUCGUUCGUCUCGACGACCGCCGCGAUCGAGAAGGCGCACUACGUCCGCCUCGCCGACAGUAUUGUCCAGGCUGGAGGCAAGGGUGUGCCCGAGUCUGACAGCCUCGACGCCGGCAAGGUCGGCCUCAAGGGCGGAUACGGCCAGUCGAAGUGGGUCUCGGAGCGCCUCGUCCUUGAGGCUGGCCGACGAGGACUCGCCGGCUCGAUCGUCCGCCCCGCCUACAUCGUCGGCGACUCGACGUCUGCCGUUACCAACACGGACGACUUCCUCUGGCGGCUCGUCAAGGGUUGCAUUCAGCUUGGCCACAUUCCCGACAUUCACAACACGAUCAACAUGGUCCCCGUCGACCACGUCGCCCGCAUCACCGCCUGCGCCGCCCUGCAGGACCCGUCGACGGAUCUCAAGGUCCACCACGUCACGGCGCGCCCGGCGCCCCGCUUCAACGGCUUCCUCGCUGCGCUCAAACUGUACGGCUACAACGUCGCGACGACCGAAUACCUUCCCUGGCGGACACUCCUCGAGCAGCACGUCCUGCGCGUCCAAGACAACGCCCUCUUCCCGCUGCUGCACUUCGUCCUCGACGACUUGCCGACGUCGACCAAGGCGGCGGAGCUCGACGACUCGAACACGGUUGCGCUCCUCAAGGGUGCCCAUCAGCCCGAGGCGGUCACGGUUGACGAUGCGCAGAUGGGGCGGUACCUCGCAUGGCUCAUCGCGGCUGACUUCCUCGAGCAGCCGCCGAGGAAGGGCGAGCAGGGAGUGAGGCCGCUGCCGCAGCUCGAGUUGCAGGCUGGCGGCGCACGGGCGAUCGGUCGCUCGAGUGCUGGUGUAGUCUAG